AUGGACACCCGCCCGAAGCCACAGGCCUUCCUGUCCACCUACGCCCCGCGCAUCCGGAGCUACAACAACUCUCUCCUCACACCCGCCCUGGCCAGCGCCCCCGCCGGCCCGACCUCGAGAGUCACGAAGCGUGGAACGACCAUCAUCAACUACGCCGAAGAUGGCUACGACGACAUUGACGAGGACGAUGACACCAGCCGUCGUCGCCCGACUGGCCUGCGAAGCUUGAGGAGGGAGGAGCUCUCCAACAUUCAGGACCUGUCGGACAAGGCUGCAAAAGACACGAACGAGCCCGUCGAAGUGCAGGGCAUCUGGCGAGACUGGUUUGGCAAGGGGCGCCAGGUCCGGAGUGACCAGCAGAACUCGGCCCAGGCUGACCUGCCCUUGACGCUGAUCCCCAUCCGUAUCGAGCUCGACAUCCCGGCCUUUGUGCCCCAGGUCCCCUUUCCCUCGGCCCCUCACACCGUCGACACGAGCCUGCCCCAGUACCGACCGCAAGAGAUGACGCCGCCCUACCGGCUCCGCGACACGUUCCUCUGGAACCUGCACGAGACCGUCAUCACCACCGAGCAGUUUGCGCAGACGUACGUCCAGGAUCUCGACCUGCCGAACCGACACAACACCAUGCUCGAAAUCGCCAAACAGAUCCGCACACAGCUUGAGGAGUAUGCCGGUGUCGCCCUGCACCCGCUGUUCCACGCGCAGUCGCAGUCGCAGAACCCCGGCAACAACGACGCGACCAAGGCCAGCUCGGUGUUCAACCGCGACGAUUCCCCUACGCCCGCUACCAGAGGCAUCAGCCGCUCCGAUACCCCCAUGCAGAACGGCGGUCUCGGUACGCCGUCCAGGAUCAGGGAUCUCACGUCGGCGCCAGACGUCACUGCACACGCGAGCCCCGUACCGGUUGACACGGACGAAUACGACCAUGACGACGCCUACCGGUGCAUUGUCUCCCUCAGCAUCAACCUUUCAUCGACCCUGUACACGGACAAGUUUGAGUGGUCCCUGCUGCACCCACCGGGAAUGCCCGAGGCCUUUGCGAGCCAGACGUGCCAAGACCUUGGCCUGACUGGGGAAUGGGUUCCUGCCGUGACGCACGCCAUCUACGAAGCGGUUCUGCGUCUGAAGAAGGAAGCUUGCGAGGCCGGCGGCCUGGUAAUGGGCUGGAGCGGAGCUCGCGAGUUCCCCAACGAGGCCACCGCCGGGGCUGAUGCUGGGUGGCGGUACGACCCAGAAAAUCUCGCCGACCCCUGGGAGCCCAAGGUUGAGUUUCUGAGCAAGGAAGAGAUGGAGAAGCGUGAAGGAGACAGGGAGCGACAGAUUCGCCGCCUGCGCCGCGAGACCGCUCGGUUCAGCUCAACCACCGGCCUGGUCGGCGGCGUACCCUUCUCCGGGUUCGGCAACGUCGUUGAGGCGCCGGAAGAGGAACGCAUGGGUAGGGGCGAGCGGUCCAAGAAGAAGCGCCGCUUCCGCAGCCUGAGUCCUCUGGGCCGGUCCGGAACCCCUGGCGGACGCGGCACGCCGGACGUGGGAUCCGGAUAUGGUGCAGGCAGCGGUCUGACAGACCAGGAGCGCUUGUCCUGGAGAUGUUGGCACUGCGCCCUCUGGGGCUCGAGUGUGUGGGCGGUGAGACCUGGCCCAGCAGGGCCGAGGUCGCUGUGCCAGAAUUGCGGCUUGAUCUACGAGCGCGAUGGCAAGCUCCCUCGACAAACGAAGAACAUGCACCUUACUAUAAUCCGAACGGCAUAA